GCGCGCUCGGGCCCCGGGCCCGCGCACUUGCCGAACGAACCCCGCUUCGGUCUCGACGCACGCACAGCGCGGGCGCGGACGCUGCGCUGCCACUCGCGGCUCGGCGCGCUCACCUGCCUGUCGGAGCGCGCGCGCGCGCCCCGCUGGAAGCAAGGAGUGCGGAAUGCGCCUUCCGACCGCAUCUCGGAGCCUCGCACCAGCUUGGAUACCCGGCAAUCUGCUGAAGACUUGGGCUGUGGCUCCGUUCGAGUAUGCUGCCGUUCUGACUGAGCAAAAGAGCAUCUAGAGCUGCCGCGGAAACGCAGCUCUCGAGCGCAUGUCGUUGCGUCUCCUCAUACUAGGUAGCCACGGGCGUUGUAGGCAAUUUAGGCUGCAGGUUCAGUUGCACUGACUACAGGAAUGAGUGUCUGAAAGCACGCGAUAUGAAUGCCGGAAUGUGGCUCCAGACUUAACCUCGUGGCAGAAUCUCUUCUUGAAGACCUAAGAGCUCCCGAGAACUUCAGCCGUGUCACGGAUUGCUUCGACAGCCAGAGAGAGAGUGUGCCAUACUACGUCUGAAACGGCUGCUGACGAAGCUAAGAUCCCGACGCCAUCUUUUUGGCCUUACGCCCUUCAGUACUCGGAAGAUUGCUAAAUUGUGCGACCUCCAGCGUGCCACUGUGUGCGGAAGCAUUAUAGACAGCAGCUCACGACUGAGUAAAGUUUGUUAGGUCUCACGCUCAAGAAGUAACUGUGGUGUUGUGCGCACAGGAAAGGUUUUCAAAAAGACACUUCGGAGGAAUCGGCGCAUUGUUGCACUUCGAGGCAGGAUUUCUUUGUGAACAACAUCGCCCGCAGGUAGCAGUGUGCCGCGUCCUAAACGGCAGCUGAAGACUCUGUAACAAGGUGUGGUGGCCCAAAAUUACGCGUUGCUCAUUGUCAAUGCACUUUAGUGCACCAAAUAUUAUCCGCCUUCAACACUGACUAGAACCAAAAGUCGUGUUGGCGUUCGCACCACCACUCUUUCAGAUUUUUCACAGAGAAUCUGGCCUCUAGAAAAGUUGCUCAAGUGUGCGACGGUCCAUGGAGUAACCGACAACGGGUUGACGCAUCAGUGAGUGUUGUGUGUGAAGUAGCUUGUGUUUGAAACCAACGAAGCAUUGCAAGCAAGUGGUGUUAAGCGUCUUCGGCGCCGCUAGGCGUGCCUGUUGGAGGAGAACUUAUUGUGUCAUCGCUUCGCUGGAGCAUAUGACAGUAUCUCGCGUGUUCAAUACUGCACCUUCCAAUCAUACAUUACUCUUAAGGCAAACUGUAGCCUUUAAGGUGAAGCCAACAAAACAGGGCAAGUUGCUGGCCUCUAUGUGUUAUACUGCGGAGACUGUGCUCCAGUGUUGAAGCCACCUUUUUGACACAUUGGCUCUGGUUUCUAGGCAAAGACUGGACAGCACCCUUGUGUCCCCAGUGCUCUUAAUCACCACGGUAUUGAGAGAACGUGCCCAACGCCCACUUGCGGGGGCACGUUUUCGUCGACGGCUUCUCUAUGAAACGCUGAGAAUUCAGCUCAGCGUUAUCGAUAGCUCUUUAUAGAGACCUUCUUCUACUUUGCUUUGUCUUAGCUUCCAUGUAAUAUGCCUGAACUGUUGGUUCUUUGACCUGUCAGGGCUGGCCUGUAUCUAUAGGGCGUUCAUUAACACUAUACGUGAAAAGCUGUCAUUCAGUCGACUUCUCUGCUUUAAGAUUGAAGCGUGUAGAGCCGAUUUAGAAGGCCUGAAAGCAAUGUUUGCUAACCAACUGUACUUCCAGGUAGACACAAAAAUCUUCAUCAUUAAUCUUCAGUCUGGCAAUGACUGAAGAUUAAUUUUGUCGGCCAACCUGUUGCCGAGAAGUCGUUAGUAACAGCUGCACUUCGCUCGCUAUCGAACACCGCCUGCUUUAAACAGACUGGUAAGAAAGAGCAAAAGUGCGUCAGCUGCAAUUUGUCUUUAUCAGGAGUUUCAGUGAAAGGUUUGUCGCAGUCGGUGUUGGGCAGUCAGAGCCGUGAAAAGGUUUGAUGGGCAUUUGUGCUUGGUACUCGGAUUUUAUUCCAGCUCAGUAUGAGAGAUUCGUACAUCAGCUCAAAUCUGUUAUUGGCCUUUCAGUCCUGUAGUCUCGCUGUAUGGCUACUUUUUUCAGGCUAAUAUAAAGCUUAAGCGCACAAGAAAUUAUUGGAAAGGUAAACGAGGAAUCAUUCUGGCGCUCCUUCAACGGUUCCUUCGCUAAUAAGCUCAAUAUUUACAUUAAAAAAAUAACAAGAACUAUAGCCAUAUUUAAAGCACACAUGGUCUACCAUUUGCUGCCAAAUUAAGUUGUGUAACUUGUUUCUGAAACACGCAGCUUCCAUUGUGCUUGAGGCAGCAGAGGAUUGCUUCGCAAGAGGAGAAGUUUCUCGAUGUAGUCACGUCGUCCACGUAGAUAUUUGUCCACCGUGCAGCCCUAAAAAACAAAUAAUGGAAGAUUUGGCUCACGUGCCCUCCGGUAACCUCCGGAUAACAACGACCUAAACUAACGCCCAAACAACGCACUCUGACUACGUGAUACUGUUUUGUUUUUCCCAAAGACAACUAUCCUUAAACAGGAAGAAAAACGACCUGGGAGAAGAAACAUAUUGUGUCCUUUUUGUAUUGUAGCGAGGCGAUCGAAACGGAAACAGUGCACUGGCAUCACACUCUGCGUUCGUUAACCGACGUUCCAGCGACGAGACCAGUUUGCGAAUAAGGAGUGAUAGAUUGCCAAAACAUAAAGCUGAGCGAGAAAAAAAAAGGAAAGAGACACCCUCUCGCCAGUGAACUGACGGGUGCGCGUCGUGGUGGUGCUUGGUGCUUUUUUCUGAACUGCUGCUAUUCGUGAGUGCGUUGCUCUGUGUGUGCCGUGUGCAGUGUGCCGCUCUGUGCUGGGUGCAUCCGUGCGCGACGGCCCCACGUGCGCGUGCCGGAGAGUGCUUCGAGGUAGACGACACGUUUUAUCGCUUCACCCGGCCGGCCCCAGAGGACGAGGCAGGCGGGCUACGAAGCGACGUUCAGCUUGCCAAGCCCAAGCCUCCUCGCCUCUCUCGACUAUCGUUCACAGGAGUUAAAGGGGGGAGGAGCGAAGAACGCCAAUCUUGCAUGUCCCAAGCGCCAUAGAUGUGCACCUAAGCUCGCAGAAGCCUUUGUUGUGCAAAAAAGGAGGCAAGAAAGGAGAUCUCAUCCCAGCAAUCCAUUGCACAAAGUUCCGCGUUUCGGCAUACUGGAAGCCGCUGGAGAAGGAUAUCUUGAAAAAAAAAAGAAGGCCUCCUAAAACGUAUCUCAAUUCUUCAAUCAGCCCUUUCAAUUUCUUUAGUGCAUGUUUGGAUUAGCGUCUCUUUUGAAGUGUAGUCAUUGUUCGCCUCGCGCACGAAGUUAGGUGUAGUGAAAUAUCGCUCUCUUGGGAAUAUUGCCCAUCCCGUUAUUCGCUUGAGACGAAACGUUGUUGAGGAGUACAUAGAGAUAGAUCCCUCCAGUUGAAGGAAACCCAUUUUGACUGAACUAGCGGAUAAUCUUAGUGUGAUUACUUCAACUGUAGUACAUCUUACUUUUAAGGCGAAUUUAUUGCCUGCGAAAGUUGGUUCUGCGCUCUCUGAUACGCGCUCUCAAGUUCAGCCAGCAUUUCGCUAAGCCCAUUCAUUUGGUAGUUAAGUGCGACAGGACAUCUUUUUCAAUUACGUACAUUCUUUCUAUUCACUAGGAAAGACGAGCUGCAAGUAUAAAGCAAGCUUUAGGGCAAAUAAGGAGAGAAACUUGACAAGAGCAUGGAACUAGGAGAGUAUUGACUGAACACUGAGCACGUUAAUCUAUGUGUCAUUAAAAUCUGCAGGAGAACAUACAGCGGAAAAGCGAUUUGCUUCUUCUUUUAUUAUUUUUUGAGAGAUAACAAGUAUUGUGAUUCACACUAACAAUACAGAGGAAACGUCGUAUAGGAAACGGGUUAAGGCCUUUGUACGGAGAGCGCAAGGGCGCUACUGCUCGAAGUCGUAGCCAAGCCGGCCUACGUCAGAGACUGCUGUGGUCUGAACGCUUUACGAUCGCAAACCGUGGCGAGUGCCUGACUCUGCUCGCGCCAGUGAAAAGUAGAAAGGUACAAGAGAACAGGAGAGAGGCCAGGUUGGCAGGAGAACCAAGUGGAUGCUCGUAAAAUCUACUUAGGUAAAAAGAAAGAGCGCGAAUGUCCAGCGACCUGCUGAAAUCGAUAAGAGCGGAGGUCGGAGCGCCUCCUUCCUUUACCCAUUUUAGCGUUUCAAGGUUUCACUGAACGUGUUGCUGACUAUAUUACAGGUUCGUUUUUUCGUCCCCGUUUAUGUUUAUUCCAUAUGCUCACGUAAAAAAAAAAAAACUAGUGUGUCGAGUAUUGCGGGGAUAACAAAACAGGUCUUGCGAGCAGGUAAAAGGAAACAAAGGAAUUGAGACCAUACUUAUUGCAAGUGCUUUUGAGUGUAGUUUGUUUCGCAGGUACUAGGAAAAUGUACUCGGUCGCUAGCUGUGCAAGCGACACCUAGCGACAGUUGCUUUCUGCACCAUUUGUCAGAGUCUCAGCAGUGGUUGCUUUUGUUGUACCAAAUAUCGUUAGUAUUGCACAGAAAGAAAGUUAAUACAUCCAACAGAUUUUGCUUAAGAAAGAAAGGCAGAGUGCACUCAAAUAGAUACUCUUGCCAAGCAGGGAGCACUGCUUGCUAAGAUUAUCUGGUCACGGAAAGACAUAACUGUUCUUGUAAUCUAAAGUAAAUAACCGUAUACGAAGUACACUUGUAUUCGGGAGCAUGGCACUGUUUUUGCAGAAACCAAGUAGGUUCCGGGAAUGAAGACACAGUGAUUUAAGCGAUACGAUACAGGGAGCGGUAUAGGAAAUAAGCAAACAGGGCUGCAAAAGUAUCCCUCCGACCAAGGUGGGGUUCGAAGAAGGAGGCACAGGUAGCCGUAAUCAAGACGAAUAACAGCCGCGAAUCGUUCACGACAGGAAGCAGGAGCAGGAAAAAGGAAGCUCAGCUGCUUGACUUGCUUUUGUUUAACUACCUUCUGCUUUACUUCUUGUUUUGUAUUAGGAUAAACUUGGAAGAAGUGGGCUAAGCAACUCAUUUUUCUGGCUUAAGGAAAAGAGACGCGAUUACACGGGAGAAGUCGACAAAGCGAAUUUAUCAGCAGAUCAUCAGUAUGGCCAUGAAGUAGCCAUGAAUGACAAAGCAUGCUACAUAUACGAUGCAGUUAAGCGAAAAAUGAUACAUGUCGCAUAAAGGAAAUAUGGGCCGGUUAUCACUUAGGUAAUACUCGGCACUCAUGAUGGAAACCGCUACUCGAAUCAGCGAGUAGAUUAGGGUGGCAAUAUUGAUUUUGCGAUUAUGUUGGCAACUUAACCAGAAUAGGCGCAGCUUUAAAAAAAAAGAAACGUUGCUUGGAUCAGUCAGCAGAGGAAUAAAAAUAAACCGUAGGAAAGACUUUCCUAAAGUUUGCUUCAAGUUCUUUUUUUCAGUGAAAAUCGCUCAUAAUUGCCUAGUAACGAGCUCAUUUUCGCCAAUCCCUUGUUCAAACAAAGGCACGAAAGAUAGCGAGCGAGCAGAGGAAAGCGCAAACAAGAAAACGGGCCAUCAAGGGUACCACACUGCGCGCUUGGGACAUAACGUGACUGACACGAGAGAGAGCGUUCACCGAAGUGUCGCCACCGCUUGAAACGACAAUUAGGGCCCCUCCGGGGGGCCGCUAUCAGGUAGACCGGUGGAUAACAGAACUGGUGCUGUUAUUCUUCGCGGGAGGAACUUUGAGUCAAUCAGCCUAAUCGACGCCCGAGUGGGACCGGAGGCGCGGCAGGGUGGUUUUAAUGAUCAUCGAUUGAAAAGCGGCGCGGGGGCACUCCGAUGGUGGGCCUCGAACAUGCUGCUCAAAGAGGCUGUUUCAGUGCUGCCGUCUUCAGCCAUUGCACCAAAACGUGACCUGCAUCCUCGCAUCGAGCAGUUACCAAACAACGAGUGUGGCCUCCACUUAGAGACCGCGAUGGCGACCGAAACCGAAGUUUUAUGACAUUGCCGCCGAACGACCACGUCGAUUGACCAAACGCUCUCCGAGGAGAAGCUGAGCCGAAGUUCGCCCCGCGGCAAAGCGGCGUUCAGUCGUAUUGGAGAGCGAUGAGCUCUCCGGCCGUCAAAGCUGCCGAAGAGUGCCCAAACGUCGUCGAGGCCAGAAUGCCGAGCGCGGGCAACGCCAAACCAAGGGUGCCGAAGGUAGAUGAGUGCCGCAUCGUGAUCACCGACUGCGAUGGGACGGACGACGCCACCGACAGAGACAGCCGCGUCGCGGCCUGGUUGGGACAGGACGCAUCGGGGUCGUCCGCCCUCGAAGAAGGCGAGCUGUCGCGCAGCGACAGCCAGCCACGUCGCCACCACAAGCACCGCCACAAGCGGCGGCAGCGCAAGCACCACCACCACCGCCACUCCUCGACCCACAGCCGGUCGUCCCGGUCGGAUGAGCCAACGGCGAGUCGCUGCCAGAGCAGCAGGCUCGUGGUCGAGGUCGACGACGACUUCGCGUCCGAGUGCGACACCGUUGCCACAGCGCGCUCCGAGGGUGCCUGGUCCGGAUUGGCACCACCCGACAAGGAUGACCGGAAGCGUAGGAACAAGAGAAAGCGGAAGCGGAAGCCCGGUGAGGAUGACGACGACGAGGACAGCCAGGAAGGAGGCGGCAAGCGUGACAAGAAAGCCGAGAUGAUAGUGGUGACCGUGAGUGCGGUCAUCCUCACCAUCGCCCUGCUACUAAUCGGCAUCACUCUGGCACUGACGCCCAAGAUCGACGAGAUGGUACGCAAGGAAAACGAGGUGAUGUUCCGGAUUCCGACACCACCACCUGCAUUGCUGUCUUCCACGAGGUCAGCGGUCACAGCAUUGCGAGAGAACACCACUAUGGCCAGUCUCACGGCUGCCGGCUGAAGUCAACCCUGGCUUUGCCUCGCUUGGAAUCUCAAUUAUAUUCAGGGCUGGCAGGCUCGGGAGAGCCGCCGACCUUGGCUUGAUCGGCCGGGCAUGUCUUUGUGCCGUCCAGGAUAGGCGCUCAGUGCCACCAGCUGCGGCAGGUGCUUUGAUCACACUGAGAACGCGGUGGCAUUGGAUUGCUGUUUGAUUGUGGCCACACAGCCUUCGUUUCUAUUUGCCAUACUCAUCGAUGGCAAUUAGAGGAGGCAAUGCUCAGUGAGAAAUUGUGGUUCUAGCACGGCAAGGUUGUAACUCGCUUUUCUUUUUCGCUGUGCUACGGAUGAUUGUCCAGACACUGUUAGCGUUCCGUGACAUAUGUUUUAAGGACAGUCUUCCUAUCUAGCGGACGUAUUGUGCACUCGCAUAGUUACUGUCCAGCUGUGCAGCUAUGUCGGACUGCUGGAAAUACGAUCUGGGUUAUCCGACGAACCACUGAAGCAUCUGUAGGUGGGCCGAGUCCUUGAUGGCAAUCAAUUUUAGCCAAUGAGAAGGAGAGAUAACGGAGAUAAUUGUUGUCAGCCACUUGGAAGCACGGUCUACACGCUAUAUACUCCUCUGAACGUGCUUACUAUCUUUGUACGAACAAAAUGUGGCCUGUGGUGAUGAAAGGAGUGUCGUUGUUGUUAUUUUAACCAUGUUGUAAGAACGGUCUCUUCACGUUUAGAGUUAGAGCAUGUAACGACAUCUCGUUUCUAAUAACGGAUAUUGAGCCGCUUGACAGAUGGGCUGCUGCACUUUUAUCUGCAGCAGUAAGAAGGGUGCCAAGAACCGUGAAUUGGUAAGGUCACGAUCUAGAGUAUGUCGCUUGAGCGUUCGGCUUUCUCUUUGCCGUAGUAAGACUGUAGCCAGCCAUUAGUGGCUGAGUUGCAAUGCCAUGCUUGUUAGGAAAAUAAAUGACGCACGGUCUCGUGCAUAUCAUAAAGGAAGUAACUCUAUCGUGCUUAUUUAUUCGUCAUAUCGACGAUUACUGUUUCCUUGUUGUGACCGCUGUGGCUAUUUGUUUUUCUUGCAGCAGUCUGAGAAUAAAAAAACAGCUUCGGUGUCUUACGCAACUCACUUCAUAUUGGCGUAAUGUUUAGGAAAACGGGGACUGAAAUGCAUCCAUUGGUUGUUUGCAAUUUUUUAUAGAAUCCCAGACGACGUUUAUCGACCAAAUUUUGCGUAGCGCUAUGGCUAUUACAGUUCAGCAAAGAGGUUUGAUUUGAACUUGCUCAAUUUGUUUCGAAUUCGUCACAAGCGGACAGCAUACAUAUCCUCAUAAGUGACAACAUAAACCAUCAAAGAUGUAUUUUUUUCUGUAAUGCUGAAUGGGGUGUAAAACAAUUACGAAUAAUGACGGCUCAUAGAAGCAGUGGUUAGAAUGUAUGAUUGUAAUCAAUUGUUGCAGUAAUCUGCGUGUUUAAGACAGAACGAUUUUGCAAAUUUAUGGUGGACACAUUGAAAGAUAAGCACAGUGUUUAAUAGUAUAGCUUAUUGUCGGAAGGCAUACUGCCUGUCGCGCACAUCGUAACUGUGUACGAAAAAAAAUAUCGUGCUUUCCUAUACUGGGUCGUAAGCACGGGUCGAACUCCGAUACCGCCUAUUAGAGCACAUUUAAAACGUAGAAAUGAUUUUCUGAGACCCUGGACAGAUAUUAAUAAGAUUUGUUGCAUUUGAGAAGAAAGCUGAAAUUUAGUGACUGUAGGAAGAUCAGUCGGGAUUCAGGGUCAGAAUUGUUCACAAGGAUUGCCUAAAAUUUGGAAGUUUUGAAAAAAAGAAAUGCACGAAGUUUACAAAUCCGUAACUGUGCACAGAAAUCACAUAUCGCAGUUCUGUAAGGUACAUCCAUUAGAGCAUCUAAAGCGGAGACAUUCGGUAUAUUACAUUACAGCCUAUGUGAAUUUGUUUACAACGUUUCUAGGAGUUUUUUCAAGUCUUAUGCACAAAUUAGCAAUAUACUUCAUAACAAUGCUUAAUAUAUCAUUCUUUCCCCCUUUAAGUGUAUGGUUAAAGGGGCCCUGAAACAGUUCUCAAACAUGGUAAAAAAUGUUUGCUGAUCUGUUAACGAGUCUACUAUAAACAUGUGAGCCAAAUAUUACUGCAUUGCAUUACUAUCUCGUGUCAAAAACAGCAAAAAAAAAAAAAAAAAAAAUACACUUGCUCUCGUUUCCGCACUGUCGCCAUAGACUCAUCACAUACAGCUGGAUUCACAACAGCUAUUGGCUGAUUUCGUCAUCGCAAGAAUAUUCUCAGUAAUAUAAUUAAUAUUGAUUUGAGUUAAAUAAAUAAACAAACAUAGCUGCAAUAUAAAAAAAACUGAAAAACAAUUUCAUCGUUGCACUCCAAGUCCAAGCGCGACCAUUGCCCCAUGCUGCGUCUACUGUGCGUGUGCCUCUGAGAUGAAAAGCUAGCGCACAAACGUGGAGGGGAGGGGGAGGGGAGGGAGACACAUUGCUUGGUUGCGCUUCUUUGCCGUCUCCCCUGCGUAAACUUCCAGCUCGCUAGUGGAAAUGAGAGAAGACAGAAAGCCACUGAUUGUUCCGACUAUUGCUUCUAACUUUUCUUGUGCUUGAAGGAUUCGAAAAAAAAUUUUGCGGUGGGACAUUCGCAGACAUUUAAUAGUGAUAUAAUUCUAGGAUUUCAUAGAAAAGUGUUUCGUGGCCCCUCUUAAUCCAGUUUACAGAUUGUUGAUGUGAUAUUUCACAGUGGAGUUAAGCAGUUGUAGACUUAAUAGAUCGUUCAAAAGACUGGACUGGUGGGCUUGUUGGUACUGCACAACUUGAGGUUAAGAGCAAGAGAGCAGGAGGACAACAAAAUGGGAGCGCUGUGUCUUCGGGCGCCACUGUUGUCCUACGUGCUCUCUUGCGCUUAACCUCAAGUUCAAAGAACGUUUUCUAAAAUUCUGCAAUUAAACAAUAUUGACAGCCUCAUUAAACAUUUGCUUCCUACAGUCACUGGAUUUGAACUUUUGCUUUUAUUUGUAAUAAACCUAAUAGAAUUCGAUGCGGUAAACGCCGAGAAAAACAAUUUCUUCUUUCACAUGCAUUUUAGUAGCUCCAUCUCCGGGACCUCUUAUGGAAUGCAUGCAGAAGCAGUGAGGAACGCUUUUCUCAGAUGAAUAGUGUGUGGAGAGAGAACAUGCAAGCAUGUGACACUGCCCGCAGAUUUAGCAUCAAUAAUGUUUAGCUUAUUGGGCUUCAUGAACAAGCAGUGAACAACAAAAGAACACCACAUACCGAGGUCUUUUCGCCGUGUGAAAAACAGGCAUCACGCUUUUGAUGUACUGCAUAAAACGCUGUCUUGGCACUCAAUGAUCAUGCUGAGGGUUCAAAUAAGAAACAAGGCACUAUGUAAGGCCGGUUGGCGUUGCAGAGGUGCAAAGCUAGCGUAGUCUUAUAACGUAUUCGGCCCAUACUUUGUUAGCGUAGCUUGACACCUCGCUAAACUUUCUUUUGCAGUCGGUUCCGAACAAAGCGACUGAAGGGAAACUAGAAUGAAUUUCGUGCUUCCGAUUUUAAAAGGUGCUCAAAGUAUGAUUUUUUGCGCUGGUGUGAAAUAUAAACGUGAACAUUCGCGUGUAAAAGCAAUUCUGGCAAAAUCUAAAUGUCGCUAACAUGUUCUAGUAAGGUAGUAGUGACCACGCUAUUUUGGGAACACUGAAGUGUUCACUCUCAUGACUUACCAAGAGGUAAUGGCUCGAUGUGAUCUGAACGUUUGUUGUUACUCUUUACUGUUUUUCUACGUUGUGAAAAUUGUUUGUGGACAUUGAAAAGCAAUAAAGAAGAGUAAUCGUGAGAA